AUGGCUGCCAGCAAGAGCACCACGAAGAAGGCCCCGGUCGCCGGGAAGAACACGCCGAAGGAGACGAAGGCCAAGGCGGCGAAGAAGGCGGCGCUCAAGGGCGCGCACAGCCACCGCUCGCGCAAGGUGCACACCUCUGUGUCGUUCCACCGUCCCAAGACGCUCGCUCUGCCCCGGGACCCGAAGUACCCGCGUAAGAGCAUUCCCCAUGCGCCCCGCAUGGACCAGUUCAGGACGAUUGUCUCGCCGCUGAACACGGAGAGCGCGAUGAAGAAGAUCGAGGAGCACAACACGCUCGUUUUCCUCGUCGACAUCCGCUCGAACAAGCGUCAGAUCAAGGACGCCGUCAAGAAGCUGUGGGACGUGCAGGCCGCCAAGGUCAACACGCUCAUCCGACCGGACGGAAAGAAGAAGGCGUACGUCCGUCUGACUGCUGACCACGAUGCGCUCGACGUUGCGAACAAGAUCGGUUUCAUCUAA